AUGGCGCCUUCGAAAAAUCAGACGAUGUCCAGUUGGAAGCAGGCCGCGAAACUGUUCUUCUGUGUUGGCACUCCUGACGGUGAACCUUCAACCACAAUCAAAUCACCUGGAACACGUAAUGGCAAAGAUGCGGUUCUUUCGAAUUCUAGGAUCAGAAAGCCGAUAGAUCGCAGUGAUUUGACCCGCAGAAUAAAAACACAGGAGCAGCGCGAUGGCAAAGAAGGGAAUUCCUCGGUGCCAGAAAGCAAGAUAUUCUCGAGCAGCAAUGAACUUAUCAGCAACACCCAAUUCGCAGGCGAAUCUCAUAAAUUCCCCUUCAUGAGUUUACCAGUCGAGAUCCGUCUUCAAAUCUACGAUCUACUGCUCGUAAGCCGGCUUCCCGGCUCUCCGUGUGGAAUUCCAGAUGCUGUCAGGAACACUAAUCAGAUGAAGAUUUCGCUAGAUAAAUUUCACAGGCUUUGGGUUGAGACGAUGACUGCAGGUAUAGUACGAACCUGCAGAGAAGUAUACAACGAAGCGAACCCGAUACUGUACUCGCAGAAUGUCUUCCAAAUUAUCGAACCCGAACGGGUGCUUCAAUACAUCACCCAGAUCGGUCAUUCGAAUCUCAAGUCGCUCCGAUAUCUCAAUUUCUCCGUCAAGUGGGAUUCGAAGCUCUCUUCCUGGCUGGAACUUCUUCACACGUUGGCUGAGGAAGCAAGUGGAUUACGAAAGAUCGAAAUCGAAUUCGGGAUCAACUGGGACUUCCCAUUCAUGAUAUGGCCUGUCAGGGAGGAUUUCAAGGGUUACGGAGUUUCUCGUGAAUUUAUGCAUGCAUUGGGAACCAUUCAAGGAUUGGAGAAUUUGACUGUUUCGGGGUUCUGGGACGCAAGCUGGCCCGAAUACUUGCAAACGAAGAUGGGUUGUCAGGUGGAAGCCAUUGUUGGUCGUUCCCAGGACGGGCUUGAAGACGGCUUGAAUGAGUGGCAACUGGGGGCUUUACGCGCAUGUAACAAAAGGUACUCUGUUGCUUUCUGUUACUAUCAGGGGGGAGUAAAGGUUUUGUCUUCAAGUGCAGCUUAUGAUGGGCAGUAG